UAUUACCAAGAAGAGGACAUUUUGAAAUCAUCGGUUUGUUGCCAUUUAUAUGUCAGAUCAACUGUUCCUUGGCAAUGUUUUCGAGCCCCAGUACGUCCACACCCUUCUCGGUUAAGGAUAUAUUAAACCUGGAGCAGCACACUAGUGCUGAGGACCUGGUCUCACUGGACAUCUCUCCACGGAUGGACUGUGCCUUACCGACCUCCUCCUGCAUGCUGGCCCGCCUGAAACAGGAGCCUCUCCGGGAGAUAUCGUCUGGAAGCUCGCUGUUUGGAGAGGAGCUCCAUGGUGUUAAAGCCAACAGAAAUACUGACCUCAACUUCGCCGCUGCCUUUUAUGGGAAAUCUUUCUUAGAAAUGGACAUCAAGGAUGGGAAGACGGACAGCUUUGAGGGGAAACACAGAAAAGACAUGUCCUAUAUCUCUCAGAGCGAGCCGGUGGAGGACCAGAAGUCAGAGGACCCGGAUCGACCCGCCAAACCCCGGAAGCGCAGGAAGCCGCGCGUGCUGUUUUCACAGGCGCAGGUGUAUGAGCUGGAGCGUCGCUUCAAGCAGCAGAAGUACCUGUCGGCUCCGGAGAGAGAUCACCUGGCCGGGGUACUCAAACUGACCCCCACACAGGUCAAGAUCUGGUUCCAGAACCGCCGCUACAAGUGCAAGAGACAGCGACAGGACCAGAGCCUGGAGAUGGUCGGUAUCCCGCCACCGAGACGAAUCUCAGUCCCAGUGCUGGUCCGAGACGGGAAGCCCUGCCUUGGAGACUCGACGACCUAUAAUACUUCAUAUAAUGUGGGCCUUAACCAUUUCACUUAUAACAGUUACCCAGCGUUCAGUAAUUAUCCCAGUCCUGGCUGCAAUACGAACUAUGCGUGUAACUAUCCCACCACUGCGGUGCAGUCUAUCCAGCCCUCACAAAACAACGGGAAUUACAUGAACUUCGGCGUUGGAGAGUUAAAUAACGUUCAAAACACGUUUCCGUCCGGCAAUGGAGUGUCUUCUUUACACGGAAUCAGAGCGUGGUGAACGAAGGAUCGAAAUAUAACAUUAUCAUCAGACAAAUGAAUGAUGUUUUAAAUUGCAUGCGCUUUUACGCAAUGGACUCAUGGGCCUCGAGUGUUCUUAUGUUCUCGUUAUAUUCCAUUUACUGUACUUCGACUGGCAAACUAUUGAUGCAUAAACUAAGUUCAUUUUAUUUGUAUUACUAGUUUCUAAGAUGGAAUAGGGAAUUCAUAAUUGUAAAGUUGUAUAAGAGGUGUAGGUUAUUACUUCAGUGGGAAUAAAAAAAGAUGUAUACAAUUUGUCAGUGUACAUCUUUCCCUCACUAUAGCUAUUUUCCGUUUUCUUUGAGAUCACAAAUGUACUGUGUGGCAAUUAUAUUUGUAGGUAUUUAAUAAUACAUGUAUUAUUUGUAAAUAAAGCUUUUCUUUGAUGUAAUUCUUUGAUGUAAAUACUUUUCCUACAUGAAUUUGAUAGGCUACUUCACGUGGGCAGACAACAGGACAUAUUCUGAGUGGGAAAAGAAGUACGCAUUAAUAUGAACAAACAACUAGAAUGGGAUCCAAUUCGAUAUCCCCUGAUUUAUUUCUAUCAUCUUAAUUAAAUUGCUUAUACAUUAUUUCGAAAUAUCAAAUGUAGCCUAUCGACCAAUUAUAAUUGUAGGACUAGUGCUUUCACAAAACUAUAGCCUAUCACUACGAAUUCUAUCGACUAUGAACAAUUUCAAAGGCUAAAAGUAUUAUUACAUUUCUACUACAGUCAUGUUUUUUUAAAUA